CAGGAUCCCAAGUGAUGGUGGUUUACUCAGAGGACGAGCUGAGCCCUGCACAAUGACUGGUUAGCACAGCAGAGCUGGUAGCUGCGCCUGCCAGCUGUUGGGUGUGAACAGGUGUGAACGGCGAGAUCCCCACAUCUGGACCAAGGGGAAGCAUGUCUAAGAAAGGCCGGAGCAAGGGCGAGAAGCCCGAGAUGGAGACAGACCCAGUACAAAUGGCCAACGAGGAGCUGCGGGCCAAGUUGACCAGCAUCCAGAUUGAGUUCCAGCAGGAAAAAAGCAAGGUGGGCAAGCUGCGUGAGCGGCUGCAGGAGGCCAAGCUGGAGCGCGAGCAGGAGCAGCGGCGGCACACGGCCUACAUCUCCGAGCUCAAGGCCAAGCUGCACGAGGAAAAGACUAAGGAGCUGCAGGCUGUGCGCGAGGCGCUCAUCCGGCAGCACGAGCAGGAGGCGGCGCGUACGGCCAAGAUAAAGGAGGGCGAGCUGCAGCGGCUGCAGGCCACACUCAAUGUGCUGCGUGAUGGUGCCGCGGACAAAGUCAAGACUGCGCUGCUGGCCGACGCGCGCGAUGAGGCGCGCAGGGCCUUCGAUGGCGAGCGCCAGCGGCUGCAGCAGGAGAUCCUGGAGCUCAAGGCAGCACGCAAGCAGGCUGAGGAGGCCCUCAGCAAUUGUAUGCAGGCGGACAAAGCCAAAGCAGCCGACCUGCGAGCUGCCUACCAGGCUCACCAGGAUGAGGUGCAUCGCAUCAAGCGCGAGUGCGAGCGCGACAUCCGCAGGCUGAUGGAUGAGAUCAAAGGAAAAGACCGUGUGAUUCUGGCCUUGGAGAAGGAACUUGGCGUGCAGGCGGGUCAGACCCAGAAGCUGCUUCUGCAGAAAGAGGCUUUGGAUGAGCAACUGGUACAGGUCAAGGAGGCCGAGCGGCACCACAGCAGCCCCAAGAGGGAGCUCCCACCAGGGAUCGGGGACAUGGCGGAGCUCAUGGGCACACAGGAUCAACAUAUGGAUGAGCGAGAUGUAAGGCGAUUUCAACUAAAAAUUGCUGAACUGAAUUCAGUGAUACGGAAGCUGGAAGACAGAAAUACCCUCCUGGCAGAUGAGAGGAAUGAACUGCUGAAACGCUCGCGUGAGACUGAGGUCCAGCUGAAGCCCCUGGUGGAGAAGAACAAGCGAAUGAGCAAGAAGAAUGAGGAUCUGCUGCAGAGCAUCCAGAGGAUGGAGGAGAAGGUCAAGAACCUCACGAGGGAAAACGUGGAAAUGAAGGAGAAGCUGUCGGCCCAGGUGUCUCUGAAGCGGCACACCUCCUUGAACGAUCUCAGCCUAACAAGGGAUGAGCAGGAGAUCGAGUUCCUGAGGCUGCAGGUGCUGGAGCAGCAGCAUGUCAUCGACGACCUGUCACUGGAGAAAGAACGGCUGUUACACUGCUCCAAGAGGUAUCGAGGGAAAAGUAUGAAGCCACCCAAGAAGCAUGUUGUGGAGACAUUUUUUGGAUUUGAUGAGGAGUCUGUGGACUCAGAAACAUUGUCAGAAACAUCCUACAACACAGACAGGACAGACAGAACCCCAGCCACUCCUGAAGAAGACUUGGACGAUACCACAGCCCGGGAAGAGGCUGACCUGCGCUUCUGCCAGCUGACCAGGGAGUACCAGGCCCUGCAGCGAGCCUACGCCCUGCUCCAGGAGCAGGUGGGGGGCACACUGGAUGCUGAGAGGGAGGCCCGGACUCGGGAACAGCUACAAGCUGAUCUGCUGAGAUGUCAGGCCAAAAUUGAGGAUUUGGAGAAGUUACUGGUUGAGAAGGGACAGGAUUCCAAAUGGGUGGAAGAGAAGCAGCUACUGAUGAGAACGAACCAAGACUUGCUGGAAAAGAUUUACAGACUGGAAAUGGAAGAAAACCAGCUGAAGAAUGAAAUGCAAGACGCAAAGGAUCAGAACGAGCUGUUAGAAUUCAGAGUGCUAGAACUUGAAGAGAGAGAGCGGAGGUCGCCAGCAUUUAACCUCCAAAUCACCACCUUCCCUGAGAACAACAGCAGCGCUCUCCAGCUGUUCUGUCACCAGGAAGGAGUUAAGGAUGUGAAUAUUUCUGAACUUAUGAAGAAAUUAGAUAUCCUUGGCGAUAACGGGAAUUUGAGAAAUGAAGAACAGGUUGCAAUAAUCCAAGCUGGAACUGUGCUUGCCCUGUGUGAAAAGUGGCUGAAGCAAAUAGAAGGAACUGAGGCAGCCCUGACCCAGAAGAUGCUCGAUCUAGAGAAGGAAAAGGACCUGUUCAGCAGGCAGAAGGGCUACCUGGAGGAGGAGCUCGACUACAGGAAGCAAGCCCUUGACCAGGCUUACCUGAAAAUCCAGGACCUGGAGGCCACGCUGUACACGGCGCUGCAACAGGAGCCCGGGCGGAAGGCGGGCGAGGCGCUGAGUGUGGGCCAGCGGGAGGACCUGCAGGCAGCUGUGGAGAAGGUGCGCAGGCAGAUCCUGAGGCAGAGCCGCGAGUUCGACAGCCAGAUCCUGCGGGAGCGCAUGGAGCUACUGCAGCAGGCCCAGCAGCGUGUCCGAGAGCUGGAGGACAAGCUUGAACUCCAGAAGCGGCACCUAAAGGAACUGGAGGAAAAGUUUUUGUUCCUUUUUUUGUUUUUCUCACUAGCAUUCAUUCUGUGGCCUUGAUGACUUCAGUGAGCCAAGAACUCGGGUUG